AUGGAGAAUUUGUCAGACUCAGACCUUCAGUCCAGCCCAGAACAGCCUGUCGUCGCUCUCACUCCCACGUCUGAGAACCUGGUGGACAUAUGGCAGGCAACUGGAAGCUUCCCAUAUCCGGAUCUCCAGGUCUUCCCACCACCUUCAACCCACGAAUAUUCGAAGAACGAAUUACGUCUAAUUCACCACUUGUCAUCGCUCUCCAACGACCUUCGUCGCAACGGCUCUUCAAAGCUCACUGUGUUCACACAACAGAUACCCAAAUUCCUAAGCAUAGCCUCCUCCUACCCUUUUGUGAUGCACGCUCUGCUUUCCUUCUCCGCCAACCAUCUGGCAUGGACUCAUCGAUCGAAUGAAGCGCGGACGCUGCAUAUCCAUCAUGGCAGCAUUGCUUUGCGAGGGCUACACGAGGCCAUUGGAAGCUUCUCGCGUGAGAAUGCAGACGCUGUACUGGCUGGGUCUGUCCUGAUGCUUUGGCAGGCCACGGAUUGGCGGAGUUGGUCCUCGCUUCGAGCCGGCAUUCAAUCGAUCCUGAAUACGAUGCGAUCCUGGCCGCACGAGUCGAACUUUGCCGAAUACCUGGUGGAAGGAGACAUCAUCGCCAAUUCAUACCGCACGCAUCGCAGGCGCUCGUCUGUGCCGUUCAGCGAAAGGAGCGCGAUACUUCAGCAGGCCGCGCAAGCCGUGCAGCGAGCGCAGAUGGCUCUGGCGGGGCAAGAUUGCGAACUUCACUGGAUCUCCCAGUUGCUUACCUACAUCCAACGGCUGCAAGGCAUGCCUCCUGCACAGUCAGCUCCGGACCAAUUCAGCCAGUUCUACCACCUACGGAAAUGGCUCAUGUGGCUUCCGGUUGCGUUGCUUCAACGCACGCAAAGUCAGGGCCCGGCCAUGUUGACACUGGCGCAAUUCUACGCGACAGCGUUGGCACUUGAGCCCUUAUUCCCGGAUCUGGGCUCAUCGUUCUGCGGUGCAAUUGCGCUGCCCCCGCUGGAGGCCAUUAUCGGCGUGACGGAUUCGAUGCAGACCGAGCAGGUGAUGAGCCCAGCACUACUGGAGAUUGCAACCGUCAUGCAAUACCCGCAACAAGUCGCCCUCCAAUACCGAACCCGCGCAGCGCAAUUCCAGCAUAUGGCGACCGCACAAGACCACCACUUCACAACCAUGAGCCCCGAAACCAUGGGCCCUGCGUCCAUCGGCAACAUGAGCCCCGCCUUCGCACCACCCGCCCUCCACUACUCCACCUCCCAAUCCUCCUCAGCAGCGCAAUCACCUUUCCUCGAAGUCCCGUCAUCAGCACAGCCCGGUUUCAGCUGGGGCACACAAGCAUGGGGCGCGGUGCCGUCUCCCGGCUUGCCGGCGCAGAACUACCAGCCGCAGGACGAGCAGCAGAUGUACGGAUACUUGCCGUCGAGCAAUUUCGCAGGAGGGUUCGUAUCGCCUUCGAUCUGGGUUUGA